AUGAUCAUAUGGGAUGAUGAGUUAGAGGUAAAUCCUCUUUGUCAGAACUCCCAAAUAAUUCAUUGUAGGUGUAUGAGUAAGGUGGAUAAUAGUCAUUUCUUGUUUACGGGUGUAUACGCUGCUACUGAAUCAGAAGAGAGAUCAACCUUGUGGAUGGAACUGGUUGGUCUAUCUAAGUGUAUAACGGAACCUUGGUUGAUCAUGGGGGACUUUAAUAAUAUACUUACACCGGAGGCAAAGUUGAGGGGUAGACCUGUGGCAUUGUCAGACUAUGAGGAGUUCCAAUGGUGUUUAGAUGAAUGUGGUGUCAAAGAUUUGUGGCAGCAAGGAAAGCUUUACACUUGGUGCAAUCAACGAAUGGGGAAUGAGAGGGUAUAUGCAAAGCUUGACAGAGCCUUGGUCAAUGGGGAAUGGAUUGAUGAGUUUAGUGAUUCAAUUACCUCAGUCCUAAUGGAGGGAGUGUCUAACCAUGCUCCCAUAGAGGUGCAGAGAUGUGUGAUGAUUCAGAGAGGAAAAAGAGCUUUCAGGUACUUUAAUAUGUAG